GGUAGUGCACUUACAGACUGGCUUUACGAUCACCAAUACUGAAAAGAAGAAGCAGAGGAACGCGCAGCAUACUCAGAGUGGUGGAGAGCCAAGCUAACAUAACUGACCAAAUCAAAGCCUAAAUGGAUCUAACCGAACAGAUCAAUCAGUUGGAGGCAGACUUGCUGGAGCUGGGGUCCCUCUUGGAAAAGUCAGAGAGGAAAAGAGUGCAGGAACUGCUAAAACAGGAGCAGAAGAAGGUGGAGAAGGAGCUUGCAGUCAAACAACAACAAAAGGAGCAACAGGCCAGAAGACAAGCUGAUCCAUCUGCAGCUUCUAAAGCAGCGUACACAGUCAAGAUCACCAACUAUGCUUGGGACCAGUCAGAGAAAUUUAUCAAAAUUUAUCUUACACUGAAGGAUGUGCACAAAAUUCCAUCGGAAAAUGUGGAGGUCACCUUUACAGAAAGGUCAUUUUCUGUUCUGGUAAAGGAUCUGGAUGGUAAAAACCAUCAGAUGACAGUUCUCAAUCUGUUAUAUCCAAUCGAUGAAAAGGACAGCUACAAAAAGAUAAAAACAGACAUGGUCCUGGUCAUGUGCAAGAAGCAGACAACAAAGAAGUGGGAGUGCCUAACAAAGGUGGAAAAGCAGUCUAAGGAGAAAGAUAGUAAACCCAGUCUUGACGAGAACGCAGACCCCAGCGAGGGCCUAAUGAGCAUGCUGAAGAAGAUCUACUCGGAGGGAGAUGACGAGAUGAAGAGAACCAUCAACAAAGCCUGGACAGAGUCCCAAGAGAAGAAAAUACGAGGAGAUGACAUGAUGGACUUCUAAACUGGGCUCACUGCUUUUCUACGGCAAGACCAAGUGAGAUCUUCCAGGGCUGCAGUGGAGAUGACUUGAAUAUUAAAAUGUAAAGGGUUAAAACUGAAGUCUCAAUAUAUGAAUUAUAUUUCUACAAAAUCAAAAAUUUAGGUAUACAACUCAUAAAUAAGGUGGCAGGAAUAAUGUGCUAAGCCCUGGAUGACCUCAUUUUGACCCUGCUUUAAAAACCAGGCUGCUGUCAUAAUGCAUAAACCUGUCAAUAAAUUAUAUGGAAAAGUCCUAUACAAACACAAGGGUGCUGUUAACCAGAUGUCAACCUAGACAGAGCAAGAAAUCACAGUUUGCUUUGGUAAACUUUGUUUUAAAGAGUUAAAGGACCACAAUGCAGGAGUUUGUUUUGUUUUUUGUUAUUUUCAAGAUAAAUGUCUGUCAGUAGUACAAGGUUUGUAUUGGACCAAGGUAAUUGAAAAAUGUUCUGUAAAGUCAGUUCUGGGCAGAAUUCAGUGUAGCCAAACGGAACUGAUAUUUAAGAUGUUUUCAAGCAUACAUUUGCCAAAGUCACGCACAUACUCCUUCAAUGAAGACAACCAGAGGGCUCAUCAGACCGUUUUUAGUCUACAUAUCAGCCUUUGAUGUUUUUUUUUUGUUUUUUGGGUCAUUCCAUAAAUAGAUCAGAUGAUAGCUGCAAAGACAGUACUUCCAUGCAUCAGUCCAGUGUAAUCAUUCACAUUACUGCAUGGGUAGGUUUGAAAUUUAAUGUAUUUUACUCAUUCCUGUUACAUAGUGUAACGCUCUAAAACACAUACUUUUUAAUUCCUUAAUGUGAACUGUUGCAUUUUUAUUGUGAUGGACAGUUUCCUACUUAUCGUUCAACUGUUCACAUCGUGAUUUUCCCUCCAGUAUUUGUGAAUAUGUAAAAAUUUACAUUUUAAUCAGAUCUUUUUUUCUGGCUUUUGUCAUCAUCUUACAUGUAUUGUUCAAGCAGUUCAAACCAAUAAACCUUGAACUGAGUCCUC